GAAUACCUCCACACACAUUCACAACGUGCUCUCGUUGCAUUUUCUUCUUCUUUUUCCGUGCUAAUUUACUAUUUUAAAGAUUUCAUAAAAAUUUUGAUUUUUACAAUAUUCAUUGCAAUUAGUAAAGUUUAAUCAAGCCAAGCUUUAAAAAAUCAACAUGGGUAACUUCAAAAAGAAGAGUAAAGGAAUUAUGGCCACUAUGGGGAAGAAAAAGAAGAAGCUUGACGAAGUCACACCCCCAAAACCACUUCCUCCUCCUAAAGAUGUGGACAAGGGUAAUGACGAGUCGUCAGAUGAAGAAGAUGACAAAGAAAUGCAGGUCUUAAAAUCGCUUGAAUUGCCUGGAACUUCAACGGGAGCAGCUGUUGGUGUGUCCAAAUCAUUUUCAUCCCUGAACUUAUCUGAACCCACGAUAAAGGCGAUUGAGAAGAUGGGUUUUACGGAAAUGACAGAAAUUCAAGCCAAAGCAAUUCCUCACUUGAUGGAAGGUCGAGAUCUCGUGGGUGCGGCUAAAACUGGGUCGGGAAAGACGUUAGCUUUCCUUAUUCCCAUCGUGGAGUUAGUCUGCGCCAAGUUGAGAAUGCUUCCGAGAAAUGGAACUGGAGCUGUAAUAAUCUCGCCUACUAGGGAAUUAGCCAUGCAAAUAUUUGGUGUUCUUAGGGAGAUUAUGGAUGAGUACCCCGGACAGACAUGUGGACUUGUUAUGGGAGGCGCAAAUCGAUCCGCAGAAGCAGAAAAGUUGACAAAAGGUGUUACAAUUCUUGUGGCCACUCCAGGAAGGUUACUCGACCAUCUCUCAAACACACCAGGAUUUUUGACAAAGAAUUUACAAUGCUUUGUUAUGGACGAAGCGGAUCGUAUUUUACAAGUUGGUUUUGAGGAGGAAUUGAAGAGGAUCGUUUCCAUUCUUCCAAAGAGAAGACAAACUAUGCUUUUCAGCGCUACUGCAACCAAGAAAGUUGAAGAAAUAACAAAAUUAGCCUUGAAGAAGGAACCAAUGUACAUUGGUGUUGAUGAUUCCAAAGAUGCUGCAACGGUUGAGGGGUUAGAACAAGGUUACGUCGUGUGUCCUGCAGAUAAGAGAUUUUUGUUUUUGUUCACAUUUCUGAAGAAGAACAGAAAACGAAAGGUUAUGGUGUUCUUGAGUUCGUGUAUGGCAGUUAAAUUCUAUCACGAGCUACUGAAUUACAUCGACCUUCCCGUGUCAUGCAUUCAUGGAAAACAAAAGCAAGUUAAACGUACCACCACAUUCUUUCAAUUUUGUCAAGCCGACAGCGGAAUUCUCCUUUGUACUGAUGUUGCUGCAAGAGGGUUGGAUAUCCCUCGUGUUGAUUGGAUCGUUCAAGUCGACCCCCCAGAUGACCCGAGAGAAUAUAUUCACAGAGUCGGAAGAACAGCUCGCGGUGUAGAUGGGUGUGGAAAAGCUCUGUUAACUUUGUCGCCUCACGAACUUCCAUUCCUUCGAUAUCUUAAGGCUGCAAAAGUCCCAGUCAGUGAAAUCGAAGUAGAUUGGAGUAAAGUAGCAAACGUUCAGCCUCAACUCGAAAAAUUAAUUGGGACAAAUUAUUUCCUCAAUCAAUCCGCCCGUGAAGCCUACAAAGCAUACCUUCGCGCCUAUGACUCGCAUAGUUUGAAAACGAUCUUUGACAUAAAUCAAGUUAACUUGAAGGAUGUAGCAAAGAGUUUUGGAUUUACAAGUCCUCCAGCCUGCGAUCUAAGUGGUUUGGGAAAGCGUACUUUCAAAAGCAGAGAUGCUCCAGGAAACGAUACUCGGGGGCAGAAGAGUAAAAUGUUUAGGAAGAAGCCUCGGAUGCAGUAAUUUAUGUUCUAACAUUUUUGUUAUGUAUUUCGCUUUCUUUCUAAAAUGGACGAAAACAAUAUUUUAUUUUAAUCCGUAAGUUUUUCUUAGAAAAAUUAAAAACACGUUAACUUUCACCAUUUUCAA